ACGAAGAUAUUUUUCUUCUGUUGAUCAAGAGCUCAAUUCAUUUGCUUUUUUUGACAAACAGGUAAAGUUGUUUACAGAGAAAAGUUUCAUCUUUGCAAAACACUGAAACUACGCUGAGAAUCUGAGGAAACAAAAACCUUUUCUUUGCUUCUUUUCGCUGCUCCAUAAAAUAAACUGAAUCAUUUAAAUAAUCAGUUAUCAUGAAAACAAAGUGUAACCACAUCGACAUUCACACCAACUGUAAAGGUUGAUUGUACAAGAAAAGCAAACAUGAAUCACAUCAAAGUGUAAACUCGUUAAUCUUGAAAUUAAUCAUUAAUCGACUUUCAUCAAAUUGAUUCAAUUCCAAUGUUCUUAACUUGACAAUUUCCAUUUCAUUUCAAAUAUUUUCUUUUGUUUGUUUGUGUUUCACAUUUGGAUCCACCAAAGCACAAUCAAGUUCACCUUCAUCUUUAAUCGUAAUUAGAUGAAAAUCUGUUUGGAAGCAAUUUUUAUUCCACAUUCGCACAAAAUUUUCUUCAUCCAACUUACCUGGAAACUUUGAAAUCACAGAGUCACCGCAAUUUAAUGCAAUCUUAAUCAACUGGUUUAUUUGUUUUUUACAUUCAUCUCAUCAUCAAUAUCGUUAUAUCACAAAACUCAAUCAUGGAUCUUAAUGUGUUAAAAAUUACUUUAUUCAAUCUUUUGGUCUUUUCAACGGUAACAUCCACAGAUGACUGGUUAUAUAUAGCACCAAAUAAAAAAUCUAUCAGCUCAAGGAAGCACAAUCAAAGAUUAGCAAUGGAACCUUUUAAAUUUCAAACCAAUCUAAUUAAAAGAAUCCAACGUCGACCAAUCGACACUAGACCUCCUUUUUUUGGUUUAUUUGCAGAGUGCUGUCCUAGUGUAACGGAAAUUAUCCAGCCGAAAGGUGGAGUUUCUAGGAACGGGCGAAUAUUGGAAUUGUACGGAACAAAUACUUCGCGACAAAGUUUUUACCAAACAUCAUGUAAAGAAGGUAUUAAGGGUAAAAAUUGUCGCUUUAUAGCUCCUAAUGUUAAAGGUUUAUCCCGUUGUGUGCAAAAGUACAGUUAUACAUAUGCAGUUGUCAGAGAGUAUGGCGCACCUCAGUCCAUUCCAUGGAGACUGGAUUAUGUUCGAGUUCGAAGUGGUUGUUCCUGUGAAGUACGAAGACCUCGAUAACAUGGAAUGCAGACGUUUGUUGAUUCACCGGCGACGCACCAAACCAAACUGAAGACAAUAAUUAAAAUCGAUAACAAUAAUCAUUAUUAAAUGUAAUAAAAUAAUAUAAAUAAUUGUAACGAUGAUGAUGAUGGUAUAAAUGAAGGAAUGUAAAGUCUUUUUGAUUGAUAUUUUUUCUCCAUUCCUUUAAACUAACCUCAAUUGACUCGAAAAGUUAGCAUUUUUCCUUUAUUUCGCUUCACCGACUCGAACACUUGUCCAACAGCAACUUGGAAUAAGAUGAAAAGAUGAACAGAAAUUGAAUUUAUCGUGAUAAGAAUGCUGAUAAUGAAAUAAUAAAGAUUAUUGGCUAAUUAACUGCAAUCAUCUUUCAUCGAUUAACUGAGUUUUCUGUUGAUUUGAUUGUUGCAAUUGAUCAUUAUUCUGUAUAUCAUCAUGCAUUAUCACUAUGAUUUUCCCAUUAAAAUCAUCUUUUCUA